UGCGAAGGUGCAUUGGACACCAUCAACACAGACAUGAAAGAAGCUGAAGAACAUUUGAAAGGAAUGGAAAAAUGCUGCGGUCUUUGUGUGUUGCCAUGGAAUAAGGCUGACGACUUCGAAAAGAACUCAGAAUAUGCGAAAGCAUGGAAAAAGGAUGAUGAUGGUGGUGUGAUCUCAGAUCAGCCUAGGAUCACGGUUGGUGAUUCGUCAAUGGGACCACAAGGUGGAUAUGUGACCAGGAUCACAAAUGAUGCUCGCGAAGACGAAAUGGAUGAAAAUAUCCAACAGGUAUCUACAAUGGUCGGAAAUCUGCGUAACAUGGCCAUUGACAUGAGCACAGAGGUCUCAAACCAGAACAGACAACUUGACCGCAUACAUGAUAAGGCACAAUCGAACGAAGUUCGUGUUGAAUCGGCAAACAAGAGAGCCAAUAAACUUCUCACCAAGUGA